AUGACGGCCUCUCCCUCUCAGUUUCCGCUGCAUCUUGCGGAGCCUUCCCCUCCAUGGGCCCCGGGGAUUGCACUGGGCGCCGCACUUCCAGAGGCAGCUCAACCCUACCUUUUGAGCGCCCCUGCGCCUCUGGCCCCAGAAUUUGAGCUUUAUGAAUUGACAAGGAGGGUUCACCCUGAGUAUUUACCCCCUUUCACUACCGCAUCAACUGGCCGGAGGAGUCGUUCUCUGCUUGUCGCCGUCAUCGCAUCGAUCUCUGUCGUUGCCUUCUUGUUGCUCCGCUGUUAUUCAGUUCUCCGUUCAGAGGGCUCAUUAGAAAGCGCCAGGUCUCUCGUCCGCCGGCUAGCUGGCGACGAUGAUCCCUUCCCUUGCUCGGUUCCUCCAGAAGAGGCCUCCUCUGACCUCUCACUGGGCGCCCUAGGGUUGCCCUUCGUUGAUACUCCAACCCUUGGAGGCUGGCACCCGAACCUGGCGCUUCAGCUGAAAACGCUGAAACUUAGUGAUGAGGAGUUAUCAGAAUUAACGGCGGACGAGAGGGAAACGAUAGUGAAGGCCCGGGAUUCUAUCAUGGUUACAGCUGGCAAGCACGCUUACUUGCAGCAACGCAGACGUGACAAAUCGGAACGAAGAGGAUCAUCCAGAGUUGAAGAAGUGGAAGAGACAGAAGGAGAUAAGGAGCUCAUUUUGGCCAAGCAACAGCUUGAUCGCAUGCAUUGGAGCACCUCACAGGAAGUCUCAGCUUUAAUCGCUAGAGCCAACGCGUUUGUAUCCGGAAGGCAAAUUAGCUGGCGCGUUGCUCAAGCCCUGGCCGCCCGAGACGUGAUAUUAAGACCUGAAUUCACGCCUCAGGUUCACGCCACCUUGGAGCACAGGAGCCACAUCACGAGCCUUGCCUCAGAUAUUGUCCAACAGAGCAAGUUUUGCCGCAACGAACUCCUUAAACAGCAACAGAGGCCCAGCGCCCCGCGUUUCCCCCCCUCGAUUCCUGCUUCUUUGGAGCCGCUGAUUGGCCGCUCCCGGCGAAUCCUAAGCGACUUGCGCAAACUGGGAGAGCUACUGGAGCUGGCAGGCAUGUCCGUUAAAGCCUUGGAAGUCAGCCGCGAGGCUGAGAGCUUGUCCAAAGUGUUGGAGUCCAGUGGAACGCUAGGCAGCAUUAUGAAUAUGUUUGGGUUCUUGAAUUUUCCGAUUAGCCCGAAGCCGCGCAGGAGCUUCACAGAUCGCUUGACAGAGUCUAUGAGGGAGUCACCUACAAGCAACCAACGCCGGAAGGUUUCCUCUGCUGAGGCGUUAUACAAAGGGGGGGAGUCUUCAGACGACAGCUCCUCAUCUUCUGUGUUUAUGGGGGAAGACGCAGGCGAAGGCAGCAGCAAGCACCUCUCUUCCUCAGCGCCUUCAGUUAAGGCCAUGGAUGGACGCGGCAUCUUCAGAGAGCAGCGAAAAAGCACGUCUGCUCUCCGCGGGACCCCCACGCCCCCAGAGGGCAUGAAAACUUGGCGGUCUUUUCCAGAGCUAAUGGGCCGCCUGUUCAUGAACACUGAAGCAGAGCCGACUCACCCAGGCUCCUCCGGAAGCUAUGCAGAUCAGCGCGUUCUUCUUCUCGCUCCCGAAUCCCUGGCUACUCCGGACUCAUCCCUCGACAAGGGAGAGGAGCCAUCUGAUGAAACCGACUACUCGUCGGACGAAUCAACCGACGCCUCUGAUUCGCUGCAGCACCGGAGCUACGGGGGAAUGAGUCGGAGGCAACGAGCGUUCUCCCGAAGGAAACAAAAAUACCCGUUUCCGUUUCACGGGGGAAAGUCUUCGCGGCCAGGCGGUACCGGAUACACCCCCGAAAAAGUUGUCAAGCUACUUCAAAAGUGGAAACAACGGACACUGCAACUACUCAAUAACGAUUCAGAUCAAUAUUACCGGCGCGGUCCCCUCGAGUUCGCGCUACAGGAGGGGACGCAGCUAGUGUCUACCUGGGGGCAGCCAGAGAGCGCUGCAGAGGCCGCAGGCUUCAGCGCCCAAAGUGUACUUGAAAUUAAGCAACAGGUGGAGAGCUGCCAAGACCUGUGCACCAAAGUUCGUCAGCGUCUUGUAAAGAGAGCGAUCAAGGCUCUGAAAGAAUCCGAGCGGACACUUUCCUCGUCCCUACAGGCGCUGCAGAAUGCUUUAGAACAAGAGCGCUCAUGCGCAACGGGGACGCCUUGCUUCAGUAGAGUGGUGCUGCUGGCCGCCUCCACAACUGAAAAGUCAAAAUCCGUCUACUUCAUGUACUCGUCGCUGGUGGCGGCGCCUGAGCCCGCGGUGGAGCUGAGCGCGGCCCUGAGAAGGCUAGCAGAAACGGCAGCAGCAGUAGCAGGCCUUCUCGACGAAGCAGCAGAGCGCUUGAGCGCCACCGAUGGAGCUCAGAGGAAAACAGGACAGAAGCAAGCGGCUAUCGCAGCCCUCGGAGCUGUGGGGGAGCAGGUUGCAGCGAGCGCUAUCCGAGAAGCCUCCGCGACGGCAGCAGAGGGACACCCUGAAGUCGCGGGGCCUUCUUCGGCCACAGGAGAGGCGCUUAUUUCUAUGGCAGCGUCCAAGGCCAGCACAGUGUUGGCGAUGCUACAAGGACAGAAGGAAAAAUAG